GACUGGCCCGUCGAUCUGGCCUCGCACUAUGCUGUGGAUGGCAAAGAACAUCGAGCGGACAGGCGGCUCUCCGAUGCAGCGGUAUCACAAGUACUUGACGGAGAACCGCACCGCCGCCUCAUAUCGCCCCGCUUACGAGCUCCAGGCGCUGCGUAGGCCCCUCGAGCACGCGGGGCGCGGCGACCAGCUCAACCUCGCCUCGCCGGCCGCGUUCGAGGUUCUGGCGAGGGGGAUGCAGCUGCUGCUGGACGCGGCCAGUCGCGGGCCCGUGGAGGGCCGUUUCGAGGGCGAGGAGCUGCGGUCGGGGCUCCAGCAGAGGGCAGCGCCCUCGGGCGCGUUUUUGGCGCUCGGUGCGACGUUCGUGGUCGUGCUGAGCCACCUCAUCUUUUUCGCGAUGCAGCCCGAGCUCUUCCCCUUGCAGUCGCUGGUGGAGGAGGGGCCUUGCCGCGCUGGGCUAAGCCGAGGGGUGCGUCAGCGGGUCGCCCGCUGCCGCGCCGUCACUCACCGCGCCAACGACGCCAUCAGCGCUGUGAGCUGGCUGAGUGAGCGCGGAGAGAAGGCGCCCCCCGGCGGCGCGUGUUCCCAGGCUUUGUUCGAGGCCGCCCAGCUUGCGCGGAGCGUGAUGCAGCGCUCUCAGGCGAUUGACAUCGCACCCCGCCCGCAUGAAGCCGCCCGCGCGCUUCUGCGUUCCCGAGACGGCUACGACUCGGAUGAGCACACUGUCAGCGACUACCAGGAAGAGCUGUUGUCGGUGCUCUCCUCGCGCAAGGACUGUCCGCGCGCGGUGGGCGUCGUGCCGGCUGAGGCCGCAUGUAUGCUGGUAGAUUUUGAAGAACGCAUCGUCAGGCCCGACAUCGAAUUCUGGGAGCUGGCUGACAACUUGGAGCCGACCACGCCGUACAUGGACCGGGCCUUGUCAGAGGGCCGUGAGGCGUACAUCAAGUUUGUCAACAGGCUGGGGUCUAUCGGAAUCUUGCGGUGGCGCACCGCGUGCAAGGAGCGUGCCGCCGUUUUCUGCGCCAAGAAGAAGUCGGAGAAGCAGUGGCUGGUGUCCUUGGGUCUGAUCGAGGUCGACGGCGACGCCGAGAUCUUCGUCAGCACUGGAGGCGUGCGGUGCGCCUUCUACCGCUUCAAGCUCGAUGUGGAGCUGAGCCGGUACUUUGCGCUGCCGCCCCUGCGGGCGGAGGAGCUCGGCAUCCACGAGGAGGCGGUCGCCGAGCAGGUGGAGACCGCCGCGGGCGGGCCCGCGGACCGUCGGCUGCAGCCGUUCGGCGGCUCGAGCCUGAUCACCUCCGGCGGGCAGCCCUUCCACGACGUCCACGUGGACAAGGCGGGUUUCUUGGGCAGCCAGCGCAAGGAGAUGCAGACUCUGAAGGAUCAGGCGCGCGACGCCCUCGACGGCGUCGGCCUGGCCACCCACGAGCGCACCCACGCCCAGACCAGCGCUGAGAUUCUGGGUGUAGCGAUCGAUGGGCGCGUUGGCAUGGUGGCCACCGCCUUGAAGAGAAUGUGGAAGAUUGACAGCCUGCUCACCUGGCUGCUGGAUCGCGGGUCGACUGCAUGCCACCUCGCGUCCAUUUUCAUGCUCCGCCGCCCUCUGUCGGUUUUGUCUGCUACCUAUCAGUUCAUGAGGAGCGUGGGCGGGGGGCAG